ACUGGUGAAUCUGGCAGAGCGCUUUGUCUACCUCUCAGCUUCUUCUGCUCUGGUUGCUCUCUGCGUCACAAUCCUCCGAGUCGGACCAACCACUACCUCCUUCAAGCUUCGAUAACACAAUGGGAGAAGGAGAACGAAGAAGAAGGGGGACAUCCACGCUCAGACAAGCGGCAAUGAAGGUGGUUCUAGCUGCGACCUCCGCUUGUGGCUCUUUCUCCAGAAGAAAAGCUCUCGUCGAUCCACACUCUAUCUCUCACGCUUCUUCGGUAUCUCCAUCAACAACGCAGAAUAACUCAGGGGAGAUAGUUGAAGAAACAGAUUGUAGAAUCACCCCUAAGAACACCAACAAGGAGAUUCAUAAUAAGAGUCUGUGUGCAAUAUGUUUAGAUCCCUUGAGUUACACCAGCAAGGGAUGCAGUCCAGGCCAAGCCAUAUUCACUGCUCAGUGUUCGCAUGCUUUCCACUUUGCCUGCAUCUCUUCCAAUGUCCGCCAUGGUAGUGUCACUUGUCCAAUCUGCCGUGCCUACUGGACCCAGCUUCCUCGCAAUCUGAACAACACCCGCUACACUUCUUGUAACCAAAGUGAUCCCAUCCUGCGAAUCCUUGAUGAUUCCAUUGCCAACUUUCGUGUUCAUCGCCACUCACUUCUUCGUGCUGUCCGCUAUGAUGAUGAUGACCCUGUUGAGCCUGAUACCAUGGCUGAGAGUCCCAAGUUGUGUUUCUCUUUAGCACCUAUUCCACCUUCUAGUGCACCACCGCCAAGCUUCCAUCCAGCUUUGCUAUUGCCUAAGAAUGCCUCAAGCCCAUGCCAUCCAUCUCAUCAUCCUUUAACCUGCAGCUCCUCUUCACUCUCUCAUUCACCACCUUAUGUAACGUAUCCCUCCUUAAAUAGAGCUUAUCUCUCGGUAGAACUGGCUCAUGAACGAGCAAUUGACUUAGUCUUAGUGGCUAGCCCUAAUGGACCACACCUAAGGCUUCUCAAACAAUCUAUGGCUCUGGUGGUUUUCUCCCUCAGACAAAUAGAUCGCUUGGCCAUAGUCACAUACUCUUCAGCUGCAGCUCGUGUCUUCCCCUUAAAGCGAAUGACAUCCUAUGGCAAACGUACUGCCCUUCAAGUUAUUGACCGUCUCUUCUACAUGGGGCAAGCUGAUCCUUCUGAGGGUUUGAAGAAAGGAAUCAAAAUACUUGAAGAUCGUGUCCACAAGAACCCAGAAUCUUGUAUCUUGCAUUUAUCAGAUAACCCUACAAGGCCAUACCAUGCUGUUAGUAUGGAGCUGCCAUCAACCCCCAUUCAUCGCUUUCAUGUUGGAUUUGGAUAUGGUGCUUCAAAUGGAUUUGUGAUAAAUGAGUUUGAGGAGUUCUUGGCAAAGGUGCUGGGAGGGAUUGUGAGGGAAAUACAGUUGAGAAUAUGUGGGGCUGGGGAGGAACUUGGCAGUGGGAGGGUCAUACGAAUUGGUGAGCUAAGAGGUGGGGAAGAAAGGAGAGUUUUGCUAGACUUGGGUGAGUGUUCACAUGUGUAUGUGGAAUAUAGCUACAUUGAAGGUGAGAUCGAUGAGUGUGUUAGAAGAACAGGGGAAAUUGUUGUGGGCAUCGGAGACCAUGAUAAAGGUGCAGGUGUUCUAGAUGCUGAUACGGUGGAGUCAGGGAUGAAUAUGAGCUCAAUUGGGAGGACUAGCUGUGUUGAAAGUUGGGAUUUUCAUGACCCUUAUAUGGCUAGAAGGUGGGCCAAGCAUUUGCAUGGUUAUAGACUUUGAAAAUGCACGAAUCAGUCCCUGAAAAGUAUACAAAUCAAUGCUUUGGUCCCUGAAUAGAGACUUUUGAAUGAGUCAGACGAUACAAAUUUAUGGCUCACUGUACAUGAGUCGUCCGUGCUAGUUUGGCUCCAACGAAAGGAUUCUACCUCUUCUGUCUUCUUGGAUCCAUCAUCCAUUGGUGAAAGGGAUCUAAACUGUAACCGGGCACGCUAAUUUAUAUGGACACGUUGAGCUGACAUAGCCGAUCAAGUAGUUGCGUCUUUACUUGUUGGAUCAAUAUCCAUUGUUGAACAUCAGCUAAGAACUAGCGGUGUAUGGCUAGAUACGCCAGGUACUGAUGUGCUUGUUUAUAGACUUUGAAAAUGCAAGUUCAUGGAGACCAAUCGACUCCUUGCCAUCCGUCUUCAGUCAUCCCCCUCCCCUUCCUGUUUUUUUCUAAGUCUUAGAUUUAGGUAGAUUGUAAUCAUAUAGAGCCGGAAAAGAUACACAAUACACACUAUAAUUUGUAGUUUACCUUGAAAAUUGAUUUGUUACUGAUGAUGGUUAAAUUUUGUUUGACUUGUUCUUGAACCAAUUUCUGUUGACAGCUUCU